CUACACUAACAAAACAUGUGACCAAUCAGACCAAUAACAAGAGGUUAGGACGGACCGCUACAACACACGUGUUGUCGUGUUUGUUCACGCUCACAAGAACAGGAACAAACGUUUAAAUUUUGUCUUCCGUUCUUUAUCGUUCUAAAAUCUUCACAUCAAGGAUCGUCGGACUUUGUCAACAAUAAGAUGGACGCAGAAAAUCUCGCUCUCCGCAAGGAAUCACAACAGGCAUUCAAUAAUGCCAUGAAAAGCAUCAAAAAGCUCAUUAAGGUUGGAAAGGUCAAGGUUCCAAAAAGCAAUGAUGAGAAACAAGAUAGUGGCGUAGUACUCCUCGAACACAUUCCACACGGUUUCUACGAAAAGCAGAUGGAGCUCUUUUUCGGCCAGUUUGGAAAGGUGACCAACCUGAAACUGUACCGGAGCAAGAAGAGCGGACGCAGUCUGGGGUAUGCCUUCAUCGAGUUUAAAAUGAAGGAGAUUGCUGCCAUCGUUGCUGAAACAAUGAACAACUACCUGAUGUUCACCAAGCUGCUCAAAGCAUCCGUGGUGCAAAAUCCUGGACCGAAAAUCUUCAUGGGCCGCAAGUUUGACGAAACCAAUUGUGCAGGUGCCUUCCGCAGAAGGCGGGAGCAGCACGAAAGCACCAAGAAGCUGGACGAAAAGCAGGCCAAGCGGCGGCUUGCCAAGGGAAACAGCAAGCUGAAUAGUAUGAAGAAAAAGCUCAACCAGCUGGGUGUAGACCUGGACAUCCAAGUGGCAGGAAACGUGCUGGAUGCAAACGCGACCAACAGCAGUAUGGUCAGCGUCGAUUUCUCGAGUGAUGAGGAGAUUUCUGUGAGAAUGAAAAGGAAAUCAGUGGUUGAUGCCGUUAACGUUCCAAAUUUGGUUAAAAAAUCGGCUAAAAACAUGAAAACCGCUUCAACUGUCAAAAGCACUAAGAAGGCACCUAAAAAAUCUUUAUCAAAGAAGAGGAAAUCGGUGGCUUAAUGUAAUCGAAGGAAAAAGAUAAAAUGUGUUUAAACAUAUUCUUAAUAAAUAAAAACAAAGCAAAUGAGUAAAUU